AUGAGUAUAGACAUCGCAACCAACGGAGCAUCACUCCACCCCUCUCGCCCGAACCUUCUCAGUCUUCGUCAUUUGGAGAACAUGCAUGUAGACCACGACUUCGAAGGACUUGGUGAAAACCACGAGAGCAUCCACAGUCUUCUCGAUAACCUGUGUAUCAAGCCCAGAAGUCUGGCAGUCACUCUGCCCUCCGGGAUAUCCUUUCCGUUGUUCGCCAUAACUUUGCACACCGGAUUCAAGCGUAGACCAUUGCAGUUUCUGCGUUUGGGGGCGCACUGGGAAAUGUGGCCCCUCCGGCGUCAAGCACCCCACCGUUCGCCCCGUUACAGCGAGGUCUCCCCCUUGCAGGUCGGGUUUCUAGACGAAGGUCACUCUUGGAUAGAAAACCAUGGCCACAUGUUCCAAAACCUUCCGGAGCUCCAUCACGUUACGAAGGUCGAUCUUCGUGUCUUUAUUGACUGUUAUGGCGAGCCGAGUCAAAAAUGGCUCGUCCUAUGUGCCCUACCGAGCGUUACCUCGUGCUGGAUCACUUCUGGGGAGGAGCUGCUGGACGAGGAUCUCACUAGUCAUUGCAACAACCUUCUAUCCGUUCUCGAUCCUCAGCACCCCGCCGCAGCGAACAACGCGAACGAUAGCGAGCGCCGUAUCCGGUGUCCGUUUCCGCAGCUCGACGUGUUGGGCAUUGGCGAUCCCUCCUUCGACCAAAUCCGCGUUCUACCGAAGCUCGUCGAGACUUUGACGCAUCGUGAGGAGGUCGGCUAUCGGAAAUUGCGCGUCCUGUCACUCCCCUACUUCAGCCGUCCCAAUGAAGACCACAGCACAGCGAAUGUAGCUGCCGCCCUCGAGCUUCGAGCGGAGACGAUUUACUGGGGUCGCGAGUGCAGGGUUGAAGCGGGGCUUGUUGAGAUCUAUAGUGAGGGCGAUAGUGAUGAGGGCGAUAGUGAUGAGGGCGAUAGUGAUGAGGGCGAUGGCGAUGAGGGCGAUAGCGAUGAGGGCGAUAGCGAUGAGGGCGAUAGCGAUGGGAGCGAUGGGUAG